AUGGCGGCCCGCUCCGUUCUCCUUACCGGGGCAAACGGCUCCCUGGCCAUCCCAGCCAUUCAUCGCCUCCUCUCUACCCAGCCUACCAUAACCGCCAUCUUGACGGUGCGCAAUCCUGCCUCCGACGACCCCAACACCCGCCGCCUGCGAGAGACCAUCGCCCCGUUCAAGGACCGCGUGUCGCUGAGAUCUCUCGACCUCGCUGAUCUGUCUGCCGUCCACAGCUUUGCCCGUUCUCUGGCCGCGGAGAUUGGCUCAGGCGACAUCCCUCGACUAGCCAGCAUCAUCUGCAACGCCUGUUACUGGAAUCUCACCGGUCCGCCUGAACUAACCAGCGAUGGAUUCGAGAAAACCUUCCAGAUCAACCAUCUUGCACAUGCAGCCCUCGUCCUACGCCUGCUAGGCUCUUGUACUACGAAUGCCCGCAUCGUACUUUUCGGCAGCGACGCUCAUUUCCCCGGCAAGAACUCCCUGGAAAAGUACCCUCCUUCUCUACCGGAGGUGCAAGAACAGGCCGAGGAGUACGAUUCUCUAGUCCAUCCCGACGUGAAUGGGAAGGAUGACCCUCUCGGUCACGGAUUCCAGCGCUACGCAAACUCCAAACUUGCCGUUAUUGCCUGGAUGUAUGCACUCAAUCGUCGUCUGCCGGAUGGCGUUACCGCCAUCGCGGUUAAUCCGGGCAAUCUGAGUGACUCACGCGCAUUGCGCGUCAACACGCCCACUAGCAUUCAGGUGAUGUCGCGGGCGGUUAUUCGGCCUUUGCGUCCGUUGUUGCGGGCGCUGGUGGACCCGACUAUGCGGACGGCGGGUGAUGCGGGGAAGGAUGUGAUUGAGUUGGCGAUUGGGGAUAAUUAUCUGAAUGCAGAAGGAUACUUUACGAUGCGGAAGAAGGAUGAGAGCUCGGCAGAGAGUCGCGAUGAGAAGAAGCAGGAGGCUUUGUGGAGGAAGACGGUGGAGUGGACGGGGAUCAAGGCCGAGGAUACUGUUCUUACUCUUUGA